CUUUCAUCUCCUGCAUUGACUCAAUAGCCUACAAUCUUAAUAGAACGCAUUGUUUAUCUUUUGAAAUCGUAUAGAAUUUCACAGUUCACCUCACACCAUUCAAAACGAUUAUUUUUUUUUAUUCUGCUCACGGACACGGCUAGUUCCAUCUGGUCGCAGAAUCUCCAUCUCGAAUCGAACCUUAAUCGGCCCUGCACGUACAGAAACGUUCUUGCCUUGCAUCGUCGACAGCAAUCCUCGCACCUGACUUACCUGAUUCAAGUCGGCCUCAAAACCACAUCAGAAACUCAGAACCGGUUUGCCGAUCUUUCAAGUAAUCAUAUAUUUUCCCCCAAGCAUCCGAGCGAGGCAAACUUCAGAUAAAGACCGAGCCAUCUCCAUACUUAGCCUACGGUGAACCGACAAUCCCCAAGAUUACACCGGCGUACCCUGUAAACCACACGACUUCCCUCACCUGACGUCUGCUGUAGCCAGCGAUGGCGUCGUCUCGGUCGACAGCCCCCGGGGCCGCCGGGGCCAAGCAGCGUCUUGCAUCCGAGUUCGCUUCGCUGUUGAAGGAGCCGUGGGUUCACUUCAACGACCCGGACAUGAUUGCAGCAAACCUCUUCCACUGGAGGUUUGGUCUGGUGGUCACGAACCCGGACUCGGACUUUUACGAGGGCUACUUCAAGGUCGACAUGGCUUUCCCCACAGACUACCCAUACUCCCCACCCCAGUUCAAGUUUGCGACAUCGACCGGCAUUUUCCACCCAAAUGUCUAUCCAGAUGGACGGACGUGCAUAUCGAUUCUUCAUCGACCGGGAGAGGACCUGAUGUCUGGAGAGAUGGCUUCUGAGCGUUGGUCGCCGUUGCAGGGCGUAGAGUCGGUGCUGCGCUCUGUCCUCCUACUUCUCGACGACCCGGAGAUUGGAUCACCAGCCAACGUGGACGCAUCCGUCACAUACCGCGAUGACCGAGCUAGGUACAAGCAGCGGGCACGCGAGGCGGUGGCACGGAGCCACAAGGACAAGCCUGAGGAUUUCGUCAUGCCCGAGAGCCUCGAGGUUACCAAGCCUCCACCCAAGGCCGACUACGACGAGGACUUUUUCCAGCCGAGCGACGAGGGUGAGUUCGACUUUGGCGGUAGCGACACAGACGACGAGGGGGAUAUGGAGUUUGAGGAUGAGGACGAGGAUGAUGAGGAUGUCAAGAUGGAUACGGAGGAGAAGGCUGAGAGGCGGCAGAAGAAGGCUGAAGACAGCGACGAUGGAGUUUUGUGAAGAAGCGUCGGCCUGUCUGUCUGUAUCCUUGAAGACUAGGUCUGGAUUAUGACCGGUCGAUAAAUGGAAGGGCUGUUUUGUUUUUGCUCUGGCGUUUGGGCUCUAUUCGAUGCCUUCUACUACGUUCCUAUGAUGUCGUUUGAUUUCCUACAGUUUGUCUCGUUUGUGGCAUAGCGUCGAGGAGGCGUUCUGGCUGGCAGAUGAUGGCGACGGUGGAGUUUCAGGGAAGAUCGUUGCUAUUGUGGUGCUGGACCUUUCGUAAGGGAGUUCUGGUUGUUCCAUGCGAUAUUCAACUAUAGACAUAUGCAGCGG